AUGUCAUCUGGGGAACAAUUUGUAACGUCAUCUCCUCCCAUUGUGUAUCCCACCAUCUCCAUGGCGGGAGUAAAUGAGGACUCGGAAAAUACCCACUUAGCCACUUCCAACUUCGACGGAAGCGACGGCGACAUUGAGUUAACUCAUGACGAAACAGAGACGCUUCGUCGCAUCGGAAACAUCAUUGGUCGCGGCAGCCUCGCUAAUGGGUUUAUGCCGGCACUCUCUGGGACUAGCUACAGCACAGAGGCACCUAUUGAAGAGCAGUCUGUUGUCUCACCUAGCGUAUCUGGAGGAUAUAUUUCGGCUCGUUAG